AUGUCCUUCCUUACGACCCCGCCAAAUGAACACACAACACUCACCUCCUACCUCCAGCUGCCCCACCUCUUGUCCCUCACAUGGCUCGCUUAUCCUAUCCUUUCCUUGAUCUUCGUCGCAUUCAGGCUUCAAGCGUCCCUUGCUUCGUCAGAAGAUGCCAUUUCCAGCGCGAAAUCCAACCUCCUCGCCAGCUGCAAGGCUGCUGAAGAAGCAGCGACCUCGACGGCCAGCUUGCCACGCUACAUGGCGAUAGCCACCAACCAGCAAGUCGCCGACGCCGUCAAUGCGACCCUCAGAGGGGCCCGAGCUGCCCUCAUCCUCACCCUGACUGUCAUGGAGGCCAUCAUCAAUUUUAUCAUCGACCUCUACCGGUCUAUUUUCCUCUGCUUUCUGGAGUUGGUGGUGCGAGGUGGAAUUGCUAUUCUGGUUGGUGCUGUUGAGGAGAUCAACAACGUCCUUGCCACUGUUACGUCUGGUUUACGAACACAAAUUCAAGCUAGCGUUGGGACUCUCAACAACGCACUUCGGGAAACCAUUGAGGGAAUUAACCGAAUCAACCCGUUUGGCGAUAUCCCUGUCCCUACAUUUGACCCUCCGAACCUUGACGGUUUGGACAAUGUUUCUCUCCCGGAUUCGUUCCAGGAGAGUUUGCUACGACUUAAUGAUACCAUCCCGACUGUGAGCACGAUCAAGGAGAAGCUUCAGGACAUCAUCGGCACUCCCUUCGAACUUGUCAAACGUGAUAUCAACGACACCUUUGCUGCUGUUUCUUUCUCGGCCGACACCCUCCCCGUCCCAGAACAGAAUAAGGUUUCAUUCUGCUCAGACCUCGACCUCUCUGUCGUCGACGAUGUUGGAAACGACAUCGUCAAGUCUGCCAAGAUCGGAAUCGUCAUCCUCCUCGUUAUCGCUCUCGUCCUCAUCGGCCUCAACUGUCUCUUCACCUGGUACAAGUGGCGCUGCAUGCAGGCUCACCUCGAGUACACCCGCCAAGCAUGGAACACCGAUCCCACCAUGCAAACCAAGGGUUCCAUCUCCGCCACGCCUCAAAUUGCGUUGAGCAACCACAACCUCAUGGUCCUCCAAGCCAACUCGGAACACCCGUUGGUGACGAGGAUUACGAACCAGCUCUCCCAAAAGCUUCGACUCUCGCCUCGGACUCACACUCACAUGCAGUGGUUCUUCAAUUACAUCUUCCACCCUCCCGCUGCGGCGUGUCUGCUCAUCGGAGUCUUUGGUCUUCUCCUCAUCGAGAUUCAACUUCUCGCCAUGGGCCCGUUGGUGAACAAGUACCAGGAACAAGCCGCUGAAACGACCAAAGACUUUUCGCUUCUCAUUGCCAACUCGAUCAACGAGAGCAUGCUCAACCAGUCUACGAUCUACGCUGCCGAGAUCAACGGCCGUGUCGAUUCAGUCCAAACCACAAUCAACGAUGGCCUCUUUGGCUGGGUCGACGGUACAAUCGUUCCGCUCAACACCACGAUCAACGAGUUCUACGAUGACAUCCAGAACGCUGUUCAGACCGUGUUUGGGGGCACCAUCCUCGAGACGGCUGCGACAGAGUUCAUUCGGUGCUUGAUUGGGAGCAAGGUGGAUGCGGUUGAGAAUGCGUUGACGUUCUUGCACGAGAAUCUUAGGGUGGACAUGCCGAGGGUGAACGAUACCGCGUUGAUGCUCUCCCCAGAGUCAGUCAAUGAGGCUUCGGCGCCUAUCGCUGCUGCUGCCAUGGGUGGAGGCACGGAUGACGACCAGGGUCUCAUCGGUCGCCUCGUCAACUCGUACGCCGAUUCCCUCCGCAAGGAGCGCGUCACCUUUGGUAUCUUCCUCGCGCUGUGGGGCGUCGUCGUCCUCAUGGGCUUGUUCGUCCUCUUCUGGCACUCCACUGGCAAACCACUUUUGGAGAAGAGGAGGAGACGCAAGUACGAGAAAAGCAAGGGGAUGCUUCCGGAGGGCGGAUUCGUGGUUCCGUAUAGGGAUGGAAGUGCUCCGCCUUCGAGGGAUGAAAAGAAUCUUGGAGGUGGAGGGAACGGAGGAGUCGGGUUGGCGAUGACAGGCGAUGAGCUUCCACAGUUUACACCUCUUCCUUCGCCUCGCCGAAGUGCCUUCAAGCCAUUCUGGAACCCUGCCAAACCCGACGCUUCUGGUGAAGCGAAGGAUGUGGAGAAGGAGCCUAGCCCUAUGGCACAGGUUGCCGCUGACGAAGUGUCCAAGCUCAAGGCGUUCAGGCUGAAGUUGAUGGGGAAGAGUACUGAAUCGUUGGAUGCAGAUUCCAAGGCUUCCGACAAUCCACCUGGGCUGUUCGGUAAAGUGAAGGGUGUAUUUGGGAAGAAGGAUGCCGAUCAAGCGCCGGAUUACUGGACUUCUUACAACGCCUCGUCGGACACUGUGAACGCUAACACCGCGAGACCCAACAUUCGAGUUAUCGUCGACACUGACCAAGAUCGUGAAGACACCUACGGCAACUCGUUCCGUCAUUCCGCCGACAUCGAAGGUGCGGAUAUCUACACCCCUCCACCCAAUUCGCGCUGGUCGACUUCACCUGGUCCCACCAAGACUAGCUGGAACUUGAAGAAGUUAACGCUCCUUUCGCCCAAGAGUUCGAAUAAUAAGAAGCUGCCUGCGGUUUCCGGUUCGUCGUCGAUCGGGCCCAUCCCCCCGUCUAUGAGCGCGGCUGCCUCGGGCCUCAAGCGUCAGCCUAGUGUCCCGACUGAUAUUGGUGCCUCGUUUGACGAUCCCUUCAUGGCAAGCGUCAGUGUCCCCAGGAAACCUUCACCCAUCGUCCCUGGUAUAUACCCGGUCCCUUUGCACGCUGCAGCACCCGCGAUAAACAACAACCCGUACCAGCGCGCCCCUUCCCCUCCCAAACGCUUCGUCGCACCCUACCUCAACGACCCUUCUGCACUCUCCCGCAACACCUCGGGCUCCUCCGCCAGCAAGACGCAUAGGAGAAGUUCGAGUCAUCCGGCCGCCGUGUGGAGGGUAACGAAUGCUGCAUCCACUGAUCGGCUGACUGCUAGUCCGAUGAGCAGCCAGGUUUCGUUGCCUGCGAGGAUGUUGACGAGCGAGAACCCGUUCAUCACCCCGUUUGACGAUGAGCAUCGGGUGGAGGUUGUUAAUCCUUCGCGGGGGGAGGUGAGGAAGAGUAUGGCGGUUAACCCCUUCUCGAAUGCGGCUGCCGUUGCUAUCUAG